UUCACGGGAUAUUCAAAACCGCGUUUACAGAAUCACAGGUUCAAAACCAAACAGACCCUAAAGUAAUUCAAACCUCAUAGAAAAUCCGAUCCCAGCAGCUAAUUUCCGACGAUCUCAGCUCCGGCGCCGCCCAUCUCCGGCGGACCGUUAUUAGCAUCACGGCUUAACCUCAUGGCAACAGAAACCAGCUCAGCUUCUUCCAAUGGCGCAAACAUUAGAGGCGUUCCCACUCAUGGCGGCCGCUACGUUCGCUAUAAUCUUUACGGCAACUUAUUCGAAGUCUCGAGUAAAUAUGUUCCCCCCAUUCGCCCCAUCGGUCGCGGCGCUUAUGGCCUUGUCUGUGCGGCGGUGAAUUCAGAAACCCGAGAGGAAGUGGCUAUUAAGAAAAUUGGCAAUGCCUUUGAUAAUAGAAUUGAUGCUAAGAGGACUUUGAGGGAAAUUAAGUUACUGAGGCACAUGGAUCACGAAAAUAUUGUUGCAAUUAAGGAUAUCAUAAGGCCGCCAAAGAAAGAGGCUUUUAAUGAUGUGUAUAUUGUUUAUGAGUUGAUGGAUACUGACCUUCAUCAAAUCAUUCGUUCUGAUCAGCCUUUAACAAAUGAUCACUGUCAGUACUUUAUGUACCAGCUCUUAAGAGGACUGAAGUAUGUGCACUCUGCAAAUGUUUUGCAUCGUGACCUGAAGCCCAGCAAUUUGCUUCUUAAUGCAAAUUGUGACCUAAAGAUAGGAGACUUUGGUUUGGCAAGGACAACAUCAGAAACAGAUUUCAUGACUGAGUAUGUUGUCACUCGCUGGUACCGAGCACCUGAACUGCUCCUUAACUGUUCUGAAUACACUGCUGCAAUUGAUGUUUGGUCUGUUGGGUGUAUUCUUGGUGAAAUAAUGACCAGAGAACCUUUAUUCCCUGGCAAAGAUUAUGUUCAUCAGCUGAGACUUAUCACUGAGCUCUUAGGAUCACCUGAUGAUGCCAGCCUUAGAUUUCUGCGAAGCGAUAACGCACGAAGAUAUGUCAAACAGCUUCCCCAGUACCCUAGGCAACAAUUUAAAGCAAGAUUUCCAAAUAUGUCUCCUUUGGCUAUUGAUUUGCUAGAAAAAAUGCUUGUGUUUGAUCCCAAUAGAAGAAUUACAGUUGAUGAAGCACUCAGUCAUCCGUUUUUGUCAUCUCUUCAUGAUAUCAACGAUGAGCCAAUCUGCCCUAGGCCCUUCUGGUUUGAUUUUGAGGAGCCUUCAUUCAAUGAAGAAAACAUCAAGGAACUGAUCUGGAAGGAGUCCGUUAAAUUUUAUCCAAAUCCAGUGGAAUAGCAUAAAUACUGAGAACUCGCUUUGUUCAAUUCUCGAGUACAAGAUUUGUGACAAUUGCUCGGGGAACAUAUAUUAGCUUUUCCGUGGUCGCUGGCUAGAUCAUGAGAGGACUCGUUAUGCGAACCUGAUAUCCCGGCUGGAAGCUAGUAUAGCCUGAUAUUGCAGCUGGAAGCUAGUCCAAGAUAUGGUGAAGUUGGUAGUAGUUCCCAUUGUUUUGAUGUUACUAUGUCGGCCUUUGUAUUUCCUCGUAUAUACAGACAAUAAUGUUGCAAUGAAUCUAUAUUUAUGUAAAAGCAACAACAUUUCUUGUUGCCAAACUGUGACACUCUUUUAGACAGGUUGGAAAAAAAUCGAGAUUGUGUUGUUUCCA